AUGCAUGAAAGAGGGUGGGUUGAUGGGUAUGUCUUUUCUAUCUUGGCAUUAGCUUUUAGCAAGUGGGGUGAGAUAGAUAAAGCAAUGCAAUUCAUAGACAAGAUGAGAGAUGAUCAGAAUCUUGCGUUGAAUGACAAGACAUUCUAUGCUUUGAUUCAUGGUUUUGUGAAGGAAUCCAUAGAGGAUAUGGCUCUUAAGUUGCUUAAGAAAAUGCUGAAAUUGGGUUUUACUCCCGAUGUUUCACUCUAUGAUGUGCUAAUAGGAGGGUUUUGCUUCUUGCCUUAUAUAGUUGCCUACUCUGCCACCAUGGAUGGCCUAGUCAAGAUUAACGAAGUGGAUCAUCCUUUUGAGCUAUUUCAAGACAUUUGUACUCAUGGUUGUCGUCCAGAUGUGGUUUCUCAUAAUGUAUUGAUAAAAGGCUUUUGUAAAGCUGGAAAAGUUAAUGAAGCCAACAAUUUUCUAAACAAAAUGAGAGUGACAGGGCUUGUUCCUUCAGUUGUUAGCUAUAAUCUUCUAUGA